UGUUUUUCCCCCCUGGGACGCAGUUUCUGUCUCUCAUUGAUUGUUGAUUUGAUCCCAGGUGUGUCUCCUUAGUUCCCUCGUUAUCCUGAGUUUAAAAGCCCCAGUCUAUUGAGUUCAUGUUUGUCGGGUCUACUUGUUGUCUACGUGUGUCUUCCAAGCUCCUUGUAUGGAUUAUUCUCCUGUGAUUCCUGGAUUAAAGACUGUAAAUGUUUCCUCGUUUCCCCUCAUACUCCUUACUAAAGCGAAGUGUGACAGAAGACCCGACCAGAAACAGUAACUUGCGUGUUUUCCCCUCCAUUUCUUUUCUUGUUUUUCUACCAGUGUUUUUCUUUCCGUUGUGUCCCAUGGAUCCCCUCCUUUGCCCGGAAUACCUCCUCCUCCUGCUGGAGCAGGGGAAGAAAUUGCUCAGGGCCCACACCAGACUGUUCUGGGUCCUGGCAAGCCUCACCAACUACACGGACAAUGUGCUCUCUGUGUUCUAUGACACCAUUUUGAACAUCACGUACAGAGCGCCGUCAUCCGAGGAUGGUCUCCGAGCGAAUUUCUUUGCCUUUGUGGAGUGGACACUGGUGAGAAAUAGAUCUCCGUUCCCCGCCAGUUCCCCGAAGCGAUUAUCGCCAGUGCCACUCCUGACCCAGAGUCUGACCCACCAUCUCCCUGUGGUACGGAGCCUGAGCCCACCUGCGAUCCAUCAGCUCCACUGGACUCCCUCGUCCCUCCGGCUCCGCCUUGGUUGGGCGUCAAACCCGCCAACGCCUCUGGACUCCUCUCCUCUGGCUGCGCCUUGUCGCUCCAUCCCACCGGCUUCGUUUGGCUUAUUCCUCCCGCCAGCUCCACCUUGGUCCUCAGUACCUUCGGCUCCGCUUCGGUCUCCAGGUCCCCUGGAUCCUUGCCCUCUCCCUGGCUCGUUGCCCUCUCCGCUUCCUCUCCGUCUCUGCCUCUGGCUCCUUGUCCAUGGCUCCUCCCUCCGUCGGCUCCACCGUAGGUCGACAUCAUGCUGUGGCUUGGGUCCAGCUGGACUUCUCCUGCUCCAAGCUCCUCCUGUCUCCUCCCUCAUUUGUUGCCCUCCUGGUCUCUAUCUGCCGGCCGUCUACCGGGUCCUCCGGAACCCCCUCUUAAGUUCCCACCUAUGCCUCCCUCUGUUGUUACUACAGUGUGAGGACCUUUUGGGAGGGGGUGUUAUGUCAGGAUUAUUAUUUCUUUAUUUUUUCUCCUGUGACCCAGACUGCAAAUGUUUCCCUCAAGCUCCUUACUACAGCAUAGUGUGACAAGAUCAUGUUCCAUGAAAAUAUUUUGUAAAGUUCCUACCGUAAAUAUAUCAAAACAUAAUUUGAUUAGUA